AUGGACUGUCUAACCCUCACACAGCGAAAAUUAAUUUUUUGCUGCAGUGAAGAGUGUAAAAGGAUUGACCCAAGCGAUAAAGAGGACCAAAUCAAAAAUUUGUCAAAGCAGAAGGCCGAAGCAAAGGAGCAUAAUAAAAAGUGUUCCGAACUUGAAGCUGACAUCAGGGCGAAAGAGGCUGAAAUUGGUGAGCUUAAUACGCAAACUGAUGACUAUUUCGCAACUAUACAAGAAAUGAAAACUUCCAUCGAAACUCUUACUGUGGAAAAUGAGCAGCACAUUUUGGAAAUAAAAGAUCUCAAAAAUGAAAAUUUCAAGCUGAGUCAGGCUCCGACUGCAGUUUUUCAAGAUAACAGAGAUGCGCUCUAUACAAAAUUGUACAACGACCUUUCGGGUGUUUUUAAUGCUAAGUUUUCGGCCCUUGAAGCUCUGGUUAAGCGCUCGUGUUCCAGUAACAGCACUAAUAAUAAUACUGUGACAAAAUGCGCGACAAGCGCCAAUAACAACAAUAUAACCAACAACAAAAAGUUCAACGCACCAACGAGCACCGCAAUGCAUCAAUCAAAUGCCGAAAUGCUUCCAACUAACAGGCGGAACAGUCGUAAAUUCUCGGCAAUCACUAGCACAAAAGCAACAAACAGUGCUGGAAUUUCUGCGGCUGCCAUCCUGCCCAAAACAGCCAUUUUUGUUCGUAAAUUAUCCAAUGACGUUUCCAAGGAUAACUUAAGGUACUUACAUGAUGUAUUUGAUAAUGAGGAAGAGUUCACACUUGGAGAACUUAAUUCAAAAUCUGAAGAUUACAAAUGUUUCAAAAUUGUGGCCAACAACGAUUUAGAAACGUCCAUAUUAGACCCAAAAAAUUGGCCUAUCGAUGUCGAAAUCAAAAAGUUUCAGUUCUUUCGUCACAACAGAAGUAACCACUCUGCAAUUCUUGGUCCGAGAAUCUUUAGACAUAAAGGUCGACUUAACCAACGAAACUACUAA